CGCGAUAGACAUUUACGCAAAAAUUGACCACAAGUCAAAACUUACGGUUUAUUUAUUAAUUCUCAUCUAUAAUCAUGAUCACGACCAAUCAGGAGGAAGGAUGCAUUGAAAAGAUAAUGGCAACCGGCGCCCGGCAUUCGAGGUUUUAGUAGUUUUACAUCGGACGAGUAAAUACAAAAUAGCCACCACUGUCCAUCACAUUAUUAUACGCACACAUUGAUAUGAUGGCGUCCCUUGGGAAAGUCUUGUGCGGUACGUUUUUCACUAAAACCAGUUUACAGGUACUGAGACGUUACCCKAUGUGCACAGGUAAACGAUAUAUAAGACAAUCGACAAACGUCAAUCACAUAAAUCUUCAGUCAUGCAGGAUACCGGUGACGAUUGGGCGGCAUUACAGUGUCAAGCCACCGAUGACUAUUGAACAAAUUAAAAAACGUAUCCUAUUGGUAUUACAAUUAUACGACAAGGUCAAUCCAGAUAAGCUUAGUCUUGAAUCACAUUUUAUCAAUGAUCUUGGGUUGGAUUCAUUAGAUCAUGUUGAAGUUAUCAUGGCCAUAGAAGAUGAAUUUGGUUUUGAAAUACCAGAUGAAGAUGCUGAAAAGUUGCAUAGACCUAAAGAUAUUGUGCAAUAUGUGUGUGACCGUGAAGAUAUUUAUGAUUAAAUCAUUCAGUCUUAUAUAUUUAAAUGUACUAAUUGUAGUUUUUCCAAAUAUUAUGACAAAU